AUGUCGACUAUGACCAAGGGUACUGAGUCUGAAAUUCUCGAAGUUUUCGAAGAAUGCCAACUUAAUAAUUUGUCACAUGAUCGUUUAUGUGUAAAACUGAAAAAUAUUUAUGACAACACACGGUUUACACAUUUCGCUGAUGAUUUCUUUGAGCUCUGCCGUUACAGUUUAGUAUCCAGUGAACGAUCAUCCUAUCGCGAAAGAACAAUUGAUUUCAUCACAAAGUUUGCUCUGUUUUGUGGAAAAUCAGACGAUAGUAGCCAAGAUACACUAAACAACCGUCUAUUGUUAAAACUUUUCUUAUUUUGUAUUAAGUACAAUGAAUGUCCAAAUCCUGCUGUAAGAUUUCGUUGUAUGCAGAUUAUUCACAAAUUAUUAGAUGGAAUUGGAGACAAUGGAAUAAUGCCUGAAGAAUUGUACAGGACGUUGCAAAGUAUAUUACUUCGUCGUGUCUAUGAUACAAAGGUGUCAGUGCGAGUUGAAGCAAUCCAAGCACUUUCUCGUAUGCAAGAUCCUACUGAUGCAGAAUGUCCUGUAGUAGAGGCAUUUAUUUGGCUUACACGACAUGAUCCUACUGCAGAGGUACGGCGUGCGGCAUUAGCAGCAAUGGUUCUAACUACUCGUACAUUACCAAGUCUAGUUGAACGAUGUCGUGAUCUUGCUGACAAUGUACGUCGGGCUGCUUACAAACUAUUAGCAUCUCGUGGUAUUUUACGACCACUAUCGAUCGCGAAACGUAUCCGUAUCUUACAAGAUGGAUUAUCCGAUAGAUCGGAGGAGGUUCGUAAAGCAACUAAAGAACUAGUUUUAGCAUGGUUUAAUGGAACUAACCGAGAUCCAGUACUAUUGUUACGACGUUUAGAUCCAGAAGGUGAUCCUAGUACAAGUCAAAAAGCUUUAGAUAGUUUAUUUGAAAUGCUAUCAUUAGACGAUCUGUUGAAAGUUGUCCAAGAAUGGUCUCCAAAUUAUUUAAAUUCUGAUCGAAUACUUAAAUCCGAUUGUCUUACACCAGAAGCAACAUUUUUCUGGAGAGCAUUAGUGGAAUUUAUUCAUAAGAGACAAACUAAUAUAGAUGAUAUAACGACAACAACAAUAAAAUCAACUGUACACCUUGAGAAUGAAAAUAAUGAUGAAGAAAACAAUCCUUUACAACAAUUAGCUGAUCUAGUUCAACCAUCUGUUAGUGUUUAUGUUGACUUAGCUAAAAGUGUUGUAGAUAAACUUGUUCAAACUGUUCUUGCUCAAGAAUUUGAUGAAAAAGCAAUUGAACAAGAAUGUGUUGUUGAACAAAUUUUAUCAAUGGCAGGAUCACUUGAUUUAAGUGAUGAAUUUGGUCGAAGACGUUUAGUAUCAUUAGUUCAUGAUUGGAUAACUAGUCAACAAGUUUCGGGUACUUUAGCGCCUCAAUUAUUAAAAUUACAUGCUAUUUUAGAACCAAGUUUGCGACGUCGUAUAAAUAGUGUCAUUGAAAUGAUUAGUGAACUAUGUGAUCCAGUAGAACCACAAAAUUCAUUGAAAUCUACAAUAUCUAUUCCAAUUGAAUCUAAUGAAAAUUAUUGUUUAACAAAAGAAAUAGAAUGUACAACUACACAACCUGUUUUAUCAAAAAAGAAAGAGAUUAGUAUUCGUUUAAAAAUUGCUAGUCUUGAAGUUCGUAUGAAUGAACUUAAUGAAGCAUUACAUGAUUGUGUAUCACGUAAAGAAUUUGAACGUGCAACUGAACUUCGUGAUGCUUGUAAUAAAUUAGAUAUAGAACGUACAGAAUUAUUACAAGAAUUACGUGGAAAUAUUGGAGUAUUAGCAGAUAAACCUCCUGUUUCACCGUCAUCAGGAUCUGAUGAACAGAUUAAGAAUGAAAAUAAAGAAGAUUUAAACGCCGAUGGAGGUAUAAAUAAUGAUAAAAAUGAUGGAGAUGAUGAUAACGAAGUCGAUGCAGUUGAAGAUGCAACACAAACUCUUAUUAAACGUUGUUCAUCAUCUGUAUUAUUUAAAGCAAACAGAAUGGCUGCUUUAAUUAUACAACAAUCUCCUACUUUAUGGAGUUUGCCAGCUUCACUGCGUUCACUAUUGGAUAGUUUAAUAUUGCCAAGUAUGCAACAUCCUGACGUUGCUGUUCGUAAUCAAGCCAUAUUAGCUUUGGGUCUUUGUUGUACAAUGGAUUUACCAUUGACAUUACAAUAUAUUCAUGUGUUUUACUCAGCUAUGCGUGUGGAUCAUUUGAUGAUUAGUGAAACAGCAUUAGGUUGUAUUAUUGAUUGUUUACUUAUUUAUGGAUUUCGUCCAUUUCAUGAUGCUAAUAUUAAUCCAAAUAGUCGAUUAGUACCAACUGAUACUAUUGUUGUUGAUGAAGAUGAUGAUGAUGAUGAUGAUGAAGAAGAACAGAAUAUGAAAUCAUCUAAACAUGAUUAUGCUGUACUCACAAGACAAUCUUCACAAGAUUCUACCAAUCAAUCUCAUAAUUAUCCACAAGGUAUAUUAGUUCGAUGUGAUGAAAUGUCUAAAACAGCUUAUCGUUUAUUAAAACCAAUCACUUCACUUUUGGAAAAAGAGUCUGAUGAUGGAUUACGUUCAACUAGUGCACUUGGUCUUGCUAAAUUAUUAAUUUAUGAUCGUAUUGUUUCAAGUCAUAUACUUAGUUUAUUAUUAUUAUUAUGGUUUAAUCCAAUUAGUGAAGAAACUCCACAACUUCGUCGUGGUUUAGCAUAUUUCUUUGCAGAUUAUGCUUGUGCUAAUGGUAUUGGAAUGGAUGCAUUUGAACAUCAAUCAGCACUUACUAAUGCUGUUUUACCAACAUUAACUACAUUAAUACGUGCACCAGCUUCAUCAUCUUUAUCUGAAGUUGAACCAAAUGAUGUAGCUAGUUUAUUAGCACGUUUAACUGAUACUACUCAUUUAAAAAAUCGAUCAGAGAGUAAAAAUUUAACAAGUAAUCAAGAAGGAAAAAAUGAUCAUAUCAAUGAGGAUAAUGAAGAUUCACGUCCAUAUUCAAAUAAAUCAAAAACAAUAUCAUCAAUUGGACAAAUGGAUGAAAAAAUUAUUAAUCCACAUCAUGAUCGUUUAGUAUCAAUUUUGUCUACUGAAGUAUUAAAAGCACCUCAAUCAGCUGAAGCUAAAUUAUAUCUACGUAUGAUUUUUCAAUUACGUCCUUCUACUGAAAAUAUACAAAUUCAUAAAGAAUUAUUAAAUUUAGUUGAUUCAAUGUCAAAAUUUGCUGAUAGAUCUUUAAAUCUUAUGCUUCAUCGUUUUCGUAAACAACUAGUUGAGAAAAUGGAACGUCUUGGUAUUGAUUCUACACGAUUGAAUGAAUCCAUAUUAUCUGAAAAUGAAAAUGACAAAGUAAAUACUUCUCCAUUUCAUAAUGAUGAUGAUGACUCUAAUCAUACAUUGAUGAAUAAUGAAGGCAUUCAACAAUCUCAACCUACAUUACUUGGAUCUGCUCGAGUUAACUUUCACUUGGUUAAUUCAUCUGAACAUCAUAACAUUGAAAGAAAUCAGGGAAAUGCUACAAUGAUAUUUAGUCAAUCAAAUAGAACUAUGUGUGCUGGUGGUAAUCCUUUAUUAGAUAAAUCAUCCCAUCAAAACUUAUUGGAUUUUUCCGACGACGACGACGACGAUGAUGAUCAUGAUCAUGAUCAUGAUGCAGUUGAUAUCGAUUUAACUCCUACUUCAAAACCUGCAGUAUCACAUACUAAUCCUUCAAAUAAACAAAUUCAAUCCAAAAAAAAUACUAGAAUAACAGAUACUCAUCAAAAGAAUAUUAAUAAUAAUUUACCAAAAAAAUUAUUCCAUAAAACAAGUCGUGGAAAAGUUGUUCUUCAAAGUUCUGACAAUGAAAAUAUCAUUAAUAAUAAUAACAAUAAUAGUUCACGUAGUCGUAAUGCUAAAAAAUUAAAACAUUCUCAGAAAAAAAUUGUAAUAUCCUCAUCAACAUCAUCAUCAUCACCAUCUCCAACAUCAUCAUCAUCAUCACCAGCACCAUCUUCAUCAUCAGUACUGGUAAAUGGUUCUAGAAGAUCAACUAGAUUGUCAAAUAGUCAAAAAUUGAAUCGAAAAAUUUAAAUAAACGGUUGUGUAUGUUUCUUUUCCUCUUUUUUUUUAUUAUUUUCUUUCUUUCUUGAAUAACUAUUAUUAUAAACUUUUUUAUUGUACAUGAUUAAUUGUUCUUUGUUAAAUGUAUAUUAUUACCCGGAUACUAAAUUAUAUAUAUACAUAUAUAACUCAUACUUGAUAUUGUCAUUACUUGAAACAUCCCAUUUGAUAUUUAGGACUGAAAUUGAUCAGUCUCUUUUAUUGCAAUACUGUGUGUAUUGCCUUACAUUUGUUGAUCACUCUGGGACUCGAACCUAGUAACAUUCAGUUGAAACGCCAUUGAGUUAUCCACUUAGCUACUGAGUCUUAAUAGCCACUUGCUUGUGCAAUGGAGUGAAGUUUUUAAUUCACUUGAUAUUGUCAUUACUUGAAACAUCCCAUUUGAUAUUUAGGACUGAAAUUGAUCAGUCUCUUUUAUUGCAAUACUGUGUGUAUUGCCUUACAUUUGUUGAUCACUCUGGGACUCGAACCUAGUAACAUUCAGUUGAAAUGCCAUCACGUUAUUCACUUAGCUACUGAGUCUUAAUAGCCACUUGAUUGUGCAAUGGAGUGAAGUUUUUAAUUCACUUGAUAUUGUCAUUACUUGAAACAUCCCAUUUGAUAUUUAGGACUGAAAUUGAUCAGUCUCUUUUAUUGCAAUACUGUGUGUAUUGCCUUACAUUUGUUGAUCACUCUGGGACUCGAACCUAGUAACAUUCAGUUGAAAUGCCAUCACGUUAUUCACUUAGCUACUGAGUCUUAAUAGCCACUUGCUUGUGCAAUGGAGUGAAGUUUUUAAUUCACUUGAUAUUGUCAUUACUUGAAACAUCCCAUUUGAUAUUUAGGACU